CCCGGAGCCGAGCUGGGAACGAGGCAGCUCCGAGGACCGCUCUGGAGCCACCCGUCAGUUUCAGGAACUAGGACUAGUGACGGCCGACACAUUUAGGUUAACAUUAAUAUCAUGAUGUUUGAUCUACUUAUUGUAGCUUUUUGUGCGCUUACAUUUGUGGCCUGUGGAUUGUUUAACUCGAUUGCUGAGGACCUGAUGACGCUCUACUUGGCUGAAGGACCUUUGAGUGAACCACAGGAUUUAUACUUUAUAGCUGAGGAACCUGUUAUUCCUGAAAUUGUUGUUGAUGAACAACUGAACUUUUGGAUGCCAGGGAGGGCCGCCGCCAUCACUUGUACGGGUGUGGCUUUGUUGGCUGGCCUGGCGGUGGCUGCUUACCGCAAAUACCGACGACAAGGACAGUAUAUUCACGAUCUAGAAGAAGAAUUGGAAAUGCAACGAACUGAGGUGGCCAGACUGAGAGAUCGUCUGGAAAGUCAACAGGAUGGACAAUUGAAGACGGAAGAACGCCAAGACGAGAUGACCCAAGACGUUCAAUCUUUGGGACUCCAGCGAGGACGUCUGGACGCUGAUAUAAUGAUGAUGGAAGAGAAUCUGGAAAAGACUAAGCUCCGGGAAACUGAAAUGGAACGUGUCUUGAACAGAGCUACGGACCAGAUCGAGUCUCUGCAGAAUAAAAUCGCAGAGAAAGAUCUUUUGAUUGAAAGGACCGCAUUGGAUAAAAAAGAAAUGGAACGUCGUUUGGAAGAAGAGGAGAAAGCGAGAGGCAGGGACAUCCAGGUUUUGGAAAAAGAGAUUAAUCUUUUCCAGGAGAGGAUGGAAUGCACUCUGAAGGAGGGAACCGAGCUCGCCUCAAGAUUACAGGAAGCUGAAGCCACCAAUCGAGUGUUGGCUUCGGCAAACGAAGGCAUCAACAGGGCAAAUGACCAACUGAGAGAAGCUCUGGAAGAGAAAAAGAAGGAGGUCAACGAUAUGGAAAUUUUAAAAGAAGCUUCUGCACAAGUAAUAGCCGGUCUACAACAGAAAAAUGGCGAUCUUGAGAAGGAAAUUAAAAAGAAUAAGGACGAACAGGAGAAGACCAGACUUUUGAACAACGAAGUUCAGCAGAUGAGAAACUGGGUUGCUGAACUUGGAGGUAAAAACGCCAUAAUGAAGGAGAAAUUGGCCUGUAACGAACUGUUAAUAGAUUUACUAAAAGAUUCUUUAGAAAAUGGAGAAGGCGAGAACAGAAUAUUGAAAGGAGAAGUUCAGCAAAUGAGAAAUUGGGUUGCUGAACUAGGCGGUCAGAAUGCUAUGAUGGAGGACGAAUUGGCCUGUAACGAACUGGAAAUAAAUGCACUAAAGAAUUCUUUACAAAAUGGAGACGAAGAGAAGAGAAUAUUGAAAGGAGAAGUUCAGCAGAUGAGAAACUGGGUUGCUGAACUAGGAGGCAAAAACGCCAUGAUGGAGGACGAAUUGGCCUGUAACGAACUGGAAAUAAAUGCACUAAAGAAUUCUUUACAGAAUGGAGACGAAGAGAAGGGAAUAUUGAAAGGAGAAGUUCAGCAGUUGAGAAACUGGGUUGCUGAACUUGGAGGUAAAAACGCAAUGAUGGAGGACGAAUUGGCCAGGAAAGAACUGCAAAUAAAUUCACUAAAGAAUUCACUAGAAAAUGGAGAAGGUGAGAUUAGCAUUUUGAAAGAAGAAGUUCAGCAGAUGAGAAAAUGGGUAGCUGAACUGGGCGGUCAAAAUGCUAAGAUGGAGGAGGAAUUGGCCAGUCACGAACAAAAAAUGAAUUCACUAAAGGAUUCUUUAGAGAAUGAAAAGGAAAGGAACAGAAGUUUGAUUGAAGAAGUUCAGCACAUGAGAAAUUGUGAAGCUGAACUAGGAGGCAAAAAGGCCAAGUUGGAAGAAGAGUUACUCAAUAAAGUACAAGAAAUAAAUUCACUGAAGAAUUCUUUAGAAAAUGGCGAACAGACCAACAGAAUUCUGAGAGCAGAGGCUCAACUGAUGAGAAACUGGGCAGCCGAAGUUGAUAGUGAAAGGGGUGAAGUAAAGAAAGAGUUAGCUGAGAAGGACCAGGAAAUAACUCUUUUGAAGAAUUGUUUGGAAAAGAAAGAAGAGACAAACAGAAUUCUGAGUGAGGAACUCGAGCAGAUGAAGGCGCAGCUGGGUGAAUUGGAAGGCACUAAUGUAGAUAUUAAAAGUGAAGUGACCCAAAAAGAUAAAGUGAUAAAGUCCAUGGAGAAUGCUCUAGAAAACGAAAAGGAGAGAAAUAGAGAGUUAAAGAAAAAAUUACUGAAGCAAGUUGAAAGACUUGAUCAAAUCGUAGCAUUCAGCCGAACCAUGGACAAAUAA